AUGUCUGCUACAGAUCGCCAGCUGAAGCCGUUCAUCCGAAAAUCGCCGAUGCUUUCUACGGAAAUACCACAAAAGCCUAAUGGUUAUCCGUCGCAAAUCAUUGCGGGGUGAAUCCGCCCCUCUUCUACUGCUCGAGCCUAGUAGAUAGUAGUUUUCUAUAUCGCAAUCUUGAGUUUCAACACCGGUAAAGUGGAAUUCCGAUCUUGGUAUCCUUCGAUCCGAAAUCGCUUUUCCUUUUCCCUAGAGUUGUCAAUCUCGCAAUUACACAAUUAGUCAAUUCAUUUGCGACACGGUGUAGUUACAGAUUACAGAGUAGAGGGCCCCGUACGUGGACCAUGCAUGGGCCCAUUUUGCCAAUUCUGGUGUUGCCUGAUGUUCUCUCUCUCUCUCUCUCUCUCUCUCUCUCUGCUUGUAUGGUGUCAUUGAUUGAGUACCUAGGUCGUAGCCGAUACCACAUGUAUCCGGUGCAGAGGACAGCCAAUGCCUGAUCGAGAUAAGGAAUCUUCUUUUCGAAAUGUACCUAGUAUACCUUAGGUAGGUAUCCCCGAUAAAACUCCUGGAGCUUCGUCCGUUGGGCUAUAUUUCCACGGUUCAAGAUGAGGCGCAGAUGAAAUGGUAUUCGCUACGCCAGCUCAAGGCGGAACUAUACCUGUGGUCUGUAUCUGGAUAUAUAACGAUGGCGCUGCAAAGCGCAAGUCAUGACGUGCCCGAUGGUGGACGACAUUCUUC